AUGGUCUUCCGCGAUCGCACCGUCAUGAAUAGCCGGCAAGACCGAACUUUCAGCUUGUCAAGCAAUGUUUCAACUACGACCUCGCCAUCGAACAACAGCUCAGGCAAUAGCGAGACGCAUACCGUUACCGUAAGUAUCGGCGGGCACACAACUGGAACCGUUCACAGGCGGCCACCGAAGCCGAUGAUCGUCCUCUUUACCCAAAACCGCAAGACCAAGAGGCUUGCGCUGGUGACGGUCGACAUUGACGAAGACACUGAAGUCAAUCCCGACCGAUGUAACUGUCGGAGGUCGGGAAAUGAUGGAGCAUCGUGCACAAUAGCCGCUAUGGAACAAAAGAGGGGCACACUGAACCUCGUAGCCCGACGAUUCGAGAGCCGCGACGGUGAUGUCGACUGGAACCUGGCCAAGCUGGCACUUGGCCGUCAAGGGGAGAGAGAAUAUACUGGUGCGGUUUGGAAAGACGUUCGGCGUAUCAGCAUAAUGUUUCCCACGCCGAAAGACCGAGAAACUUUUGGAGGAACUCCUAAUCUGUGUCAAUGCGCGUCGAGGACGGAGGCUGAGCUGGCCAACUGUCUGAAGGAACGGCGGCAUAAGGGGCAGCUGGGUCUUGUUCGGGAAUUUGGGCGGCAACAGCUGAACGAGUACCAUCGAGAAAGGUUCGGAUCGCAGCAGGACGUGGUUAGAGGGAUGAGGGACGACAUUCGGUAA